AUGUCCACCUCUCUCACGCAUCUCCUCCCUCCUACACCCUCCCAGCCCUCGAGCAAAGCCCGCCUGCUCACGCCAACCACCCAUCCCAUCCCGCUGCUCUCUUCCUCGCUCGCUCGACGCUACAGCUACAUCCACACCGCUCUCGUUCCGAUAUACUACUAUAUCCGGGGCUCGGCACUUGUCGCAGACCCCUCCAGCACUCUCCUGAGCGACCUGGCUGUCAUUGCUGCGUUGCAGUGCCUGUUUUGUGCCAUCUGCCUUCCACCGGCUGGCUCGUGGGUAUCUGGUACGCCAGGCGGCCCGAUUGUGGAGGGGACGGCCAGUCCAGUGCAGAAGAGCCCUAAGAGUCCCAAGGUAUCUGGGGCGGUGGGAGGAGGGAGUCUGCGGAAGAAGAAUCUCGGAGGAGCAGGUGUGGGCAAAAGCCAUGGUCAUGGCGUUGCGAAGGGAGGUGCAGGAGCCGCAGCUGGAGACGGGACAUGGGGGGCGAGGAUCAUGGCACAGCCGACGCUCUUUUCCCUGAUCCUUACGCUCACUCUCCCACCUCUUCCGCUCGCCUUAGUCGCCCUCGUCCUAGGCGCGCCAUUAUACCCGACCUCCCUUCUCCCCCUCACCCUUCUCCUCUCAGUUCAUGUUUCCCUGCUCGGCUUUCUACCGCUCUUCUACACCCACGGCGUUUCCUCCCUAGCCUGGCGGGACAUUGCAGCCGCGUGGCUUCCGUUCGACUCAGCAGGUGUGUGGGGGGGAACCGUGGGAAGCUUCAUUGGGGGCUGGGUCGGCGCCAUUCCGAUGGCCCUGGACUGGGAUCGCGAGUGGCAGAAAUGGCCGUGUACGGUCAUUUGGGGAGUGGUGAUAGGGUGGUCAGUUGGCAGGGCCAUUACGAACGGCCUAGGAUGGGGCAUGGGGACGAGGAUCAAUUUGAGUGAGAAGCAGGAACUUGAACCAACCCCAGAGGAGAAUAUCCACACGGGCAGCGGGGCGGACAAGGGCGAAUGA